AAUUAUAUCGACAGAAAACCACACACCCUUGUACAACAAAAAUUGGAAAAGACACAAAAAGAAGUCGGAGACUUAGAAAAGACGUCUAAUGACACCCCAGAACGAAAACAUGGCUAUUGCUAAUCAAACUAGAAUAUCAGAUCAAUCCAUCGUCCAUACCGAUGACAGCACAAAAACUGACUCGGUUUCAAACAAAACGGAUAGAAAGAGCUACAAGAGACCACUUCGGUGCAGCGGCAGCUCCCCGUUCAAGUGCACCAAUAUGCCUUACCUACCACACUCCAGCAGGGAUUUAUCCUUGGACACGAUAACGGAAUUUCCAUACCUCGAAGACAAGUUCUCAAUGUCUUUGCCCUGCUCUCUUUUCUCCUCGUCCUUCGAUGAGGGCAAUAGCCAAAAAGUCAGGAAGAGCCAUCACAAUAAGACCAGAAGCCUGGAUUUCGUAAUGGAUGCCAUCAGCAUUGUUGGAAUUGAUGAAAGAGAAGAAUUGCAAUCUACGGUUAGUGUUUCAUCUCCCACACCCUUCACCAGAUCACGUUCGCCAUUGUCUCCGCCCUCAUUAGCAUCCGUCUCGGACGAUGAAAGCGUAGAUUCUUCUCGCAAAGACGAAGAAAGAAGCAUUCUCCGGGAAUCCCGAUGGGACGACUGUCAGUCGCGCGACUUUGUUGUGAGGAAGUGUGAUAGUGCACCAACUUGUCCUCGAAGAGCCCAAUAGUCAGUUUUUGGCUUGUGCUCAUGUCUUACUAAUAAUGUACUCCAAUAAAUAGAAAUCAAAAGAAAAAGGAUUAUCCUUUACAGUAAUAUAGAAUCGAUGGUUAA